AAGAAAUGAAAAUUGGAUUUAAUAAAAAUGACAAGUUAUUGGCAUAGAGGUUAGAAACGGCGUUGAUUGGUACACAUCAUUCAAAAACUUUGUUCCUUUAAAAACAAAAUAUAGCAGGAAAUUUGUAUCAAAGUAUUUUCAUUUAUAAUUCGAUUUUAAAUGAGUGUUGUGGCUCUUUUAUACUGCCAAAAUAAUGCUAGAGCAGUAAGAGAUGAGUGAAGUGUAGGAAAAUGAGUGUAUUAUCAGUUAUAAAUCAAUUAAAUUUAGAAAAUCCCAAAAAGUGUUUUAUUAUUUUACCGAUUAUUGUUUUUGGCUUAUUGUAUGUAAAAAGUAUAUAUGCUGAAGAUAUUGUACAAUCCCAGCAUCAAUACAGUAAUGAGAAUGAUGGAAAGGUAGAAGGACUCUCAUAUUGCGAUGAACAUCUUAUUAGAAAUCGCGAAUCAAGCAAAAGGCUUCUUUUAAUUUCCACGCUUGAUGGAGGAGUUACGGCAUUAGACUUAACAAAAAAUGGAGAAGUUGUGUGGAAUUUUAUCACUGAGCCAGGUGAUUUACUGUCAUCAUCAAUUCAUCGUUUGGAAAUGUCAAGUCAGGGAAAAUAUGUUCGUUUGAUUCCAAGUUUAAGUGGUGGCAUUUACAAGUUUGAUGGUGAUUCUAUUGAAGCAGUUCCAGUUAGAGCCGAAGAUUUAUUGCGAUCAUCGUUUAAAUUUAGUGAUGAUAUGGUAAUUUCUGGUGGAAAAGAAGUAAGGACCUAUGGAGUUAAUUGCAGAAAUGGUCAAAUCAUUUAUGAGCAGUCGAUGGGAGUCAGUAAGAAUUUUAGUGAGACUGUUGACGAAAAAGACUCUUCUAAGACAACACAUGAUCCUUUACUUGACGAUAUUUUAGUUGUUAAACGACAUACGCAAACUGUUCGUGCAAACGAGCCUAGAACUGGAAGUGAGCGCUGGAAUUUUUCAAUUGGACACCAUGAAAUGCAAGUAGCAUUAAGUGACAAUUGUCGACAGCAAUCAACAAGUCCUGAAAAUCAACAAUUAAAUGAUCUCAUCCUCGACACUGAAAUACGAGUUAUUGUUCCCGAAGGAAUUCUUUGUGCAUACAGCAAGAAAAACCCUGCACAUACUUUAUGGAAAUACAAAUUUGAUUCGCCAAUCGUUAGUGUCUUUCGAUCGAAUGUGGAAAAUGUCUUGUAUAGUGUUGAUCUUUUUGCAAAUACACGAUGGCUAUGGGAAGAACACUCAAGUGAUGUCUUCAUUAAAGCAUUUGGAGAAUCAAAAUUAUCACCGGCAUUAUAUUUAGGGAUGUUUCAACAUCAAUUGUACAUACAGGAAUCAGACAUGAUGAAAUCUUCAAUUGAACAUUUCAAGUAUGAAAAUUUGCAAAAUAAUAUCGCAACUAGUGAAAAUAGACUUCCAAAAAUACCAUUUAAACCAAUUCCAGCUGCUAAUAAUGCUUUAAUUGAUCUGGUUUCAAAAUUUAAAGAAAAGGACGAAAAUAAUAAGGAACAUAACUAUGACCAAAAGCAAUCGCAUGAAUUAAUAGCAAUCGACGAUAAAAUGAACGCCCAGUUAGUGCUCCAUGGUUCUCAUUAUGGUGAAGGACGUGGAUAUUACUUUUUCUCUGAAAAGGAUGUUAAUCAUUCAACGCAAUGUUCAAAUGGAAAGGCACAUAAGAAAAUUAAGACAACAAAUGAAACACCGCAAGAUGUUGACAACAUAACUUUUCAAAAUCUUGGCAUGUAUCCAGUUCGAUUAUCAUUAUGGUAUUAUUGGAAGGAGAUUGUUGUAAUUGCUCUAACAACAGCGUUUGUUGUCAAUUUUAUCCUGAGAAAUCAGAAUAAACGUGGUGAGAGAGAAGUAGUUUUUGUUCCCAUAGCCAAAGAGGCAAUUGAUUAUGACGAGGAAGAAGAACAAUUGAAAAAACAACAGCAAGAAAUAGAAAUUUUACGUAAUGAGGCUCAAAAAAUGAGAAGCAUAUCGGAAUCAGCAGCAUCAAAUGAAGAUAACUAUUCCUCUAGAUUUUUGGAAGAUUUUGACCUUAUGCGAUGCCUUGGAAAAGGUGGUUUUGGUGUAGUCUUUGAAGUUCGAAAUAAAUUAGAUGACUGUAAUUAUGCCAUCAAGAGAAUAUUGCUUCCAAGUAAGCAAGAAUCGAGAGAGCGAGUUCUUCGUGAAGUAAAAACUCUUGCUAAUUGUGAACAUAAGAAUAUUGUAAGAUAUUUCCAUGCGUGGGUCGAGCAGCCACCAAAAGGAUGGCAAGAAGCAAAAGAUAAGGAAAUAUUCAGUCGAGAUAUAUGCUCGACAUCAAUAACAAUUGAUUCUCCAUCGCCAACAGAAGAAUCUAAAGGUUUUUCGGUCCCAACUGGAAGUAAAAUGGCAUCACAUAAAUUCAUUUCUAAUGGAAUCAUAACAAAAGACAGUAACAGCAGCUAUUUGAUGAAUCUUCAAAAUAAAAGCUUUCUUGAUUUUGACGAUGCUAAGCUACCUGAUGACGAUAUAACAGCCGAUGAUGAUGAUUCAUGUUCAUUUAUACAGUUCAAAGCAGAUACAAAUGAUAACAGUGAAACGAAAAGCAAUAGGCUUAAUUUGGGUGAUGAGUCAUUCGCAAUCGAAUUUAAGGAAUUAUCACAAUCAAUAACAGCUGAUAUUAAACCUAAAAGUUCUCCUGACACAAGCCAUGUGAUCUCAAUUACUGAUGAAACUAGUGUCUCUCAAAGUACACGAAAUGAUGCGGCCAAGCCCACUCAUCGUCGCAAUCUAUCAUUGGAUCUUUUAUCAAAUACAAAUGUUUUGCCAAAAAAAUUAAACUCAGCAGUUGGAAGUCCAGUAAAAAUGUAUCUUUUCAUUCAAAUGCAGCUAUGCAUGAAAACAUGCUUAAAAGAUUGGCUCAAACAGAACGACUUGAAGGUGCGAAAUGGAGAAACUGUGGAAAUAUGGAACCAAAUAAUUCAGGCUGUUCACUAUGUUCAUCUUAAGGGUCUCAUUCAUCGUGAUUUAAAACCUAGUAAUAUAUUCUUCGCAUUAGAUGGUCAAGUAAAAAUCGGUGAUUUUGGAUUAGUCACUGAUAUGGCUGAGCAACCAAUGGAUCCUCUUACCUCAUCGUCAUCAUCAAAUUCUAAUUCAUUAUCAAGCUUCGAUGUAGAUUUUACAGUCAUUGGUCAUAAGAAGCAUACCCAACGCGUGGGAACAUCACUUUACAUGUCCCCAGAACAAGCAAAAGGAUUAGCAUACAAUUACAAAGUGGACAUUUACUCAUUAGGACUAAUUUUCUUUGAGCUCCUUAAUUUCUUCCAUACUGAAACAGAACGGUAUAAAGUGCUUCAAAAUAUUAAGAAUCAAAAGUAUCCUGAUGAGUUUAUUGAAAAUAAUAAGAAUGAGUUUGAGCUCCUUAAAUUGAUGUUGUCAAAGAAGCCGGAAGAAAGACCAACUACUUAUGGAAUUCGUGCAAGACCUCCGUUAAACAAGCAAGAAGAGGAUCAAGUGAGUUCCGAUUGGCAUUUUGAAUUGCCUGCAAGACGACGAGAUAGUCAUCGAUCGAUUAAUAAUUUAAGUGCAAAAUAGUUCAUCAUCCUCAAAAGUUUUAAUCUAAAAUAUUUUUUUACACUUAUUGAUUAGUUUUAAAUAUCAUAUUGAUAAUCAUGAUAAAUGUUAAUUACAUUAUUCUUUCGAGAGAAUUUUCGUAGCAUUUCUUUUACUAAGUUUUAACGUUUAAAUCUGUAGUCUGUAUGAAGUAUUUCCUUUUAUAUUGAUAUUUUUUUUUUGAUUUUAUAAAAAGUUAAAUUAAUAAAACAAUGAAACUGCUAUCAUAAUUCUUAUGAUACUUCUUUCCCAUUGAGAUGAUGGACCUAAGUAUGUGAUUUCCUUAACAAUUAGAAACAUUAAGUUCUAUAAGAUUUAUAGAUGUUAAUUGAUUAUCAACUUUAUAGCUUAAUAAGUAUAAUAUUUGUAUUAUCAAUAAAAUUGAAUAUAAAAUACGAAUAAAAAAAACUUUGAUAAAAAAAAUGAG